CAAAAACAAAAAAAAAAAGUUUUGGGAAGAAAGAAAGAAAACUAAACAAAAUAGGAAAAUAGAGAGGUUUCUGCCUUCGACAGUUCUACGUUCUACUCCUGCGCAGCUCCGUCGCAGACCGCAGCGACAACCGGCAGCAGCUCCACCGUCGGCAAGCAGGCCCCCUGUCUCUCCGUGAUUCUUUCGGCAGCACGCAGCAGGCAGAAGCUCGCCAGCUCGGUUGACAGUUCACUGGGAGUUGUUGAUUGAGGCAGAAUGGUGGCUCCAUCAUCUGACUCUACAUCACUGAAGGAGUAUCUGAAAAAAUAUGAAAGUGGCUAUGAAGAGGAGAAGAAAAAGAAGAAGAAGAAAAAGAAAGCUAAAACUGAUAUCUCAGGUGUCAUUAUUGUUGAUGAGGAUCCUGUCUGGCAAAAACCAGUGACAAUUGAUGAGGAAGAGGAUGAUUCAGCUGAUGAAGAGAAGCCUCUGGUUGACGAAGAUAUUGAUGUCAAGCGUAUGAAGAGACUGGAGGAGCUUAGAGCUAAAAGACCAUUUGGUGCCAUUUCAGAGGAUGGAAGUGGUUGGGUUUCUGUUUCAGAUGCUCCAAAAAACUUGAAUUCCGAUGUCCAAAAUUUGGAUUUGUCACCACUACGUAAAGGAAUUGCUCGUAAUGAUUCACCUUCUCCAGAACCUAAACUUAAUCCAUCAAGCACGGUAGAUGUUGAUAUUUCACCACCACGUAAAAGAAGAGCUAGGUAUGAUACACCUUCACCAGAACCACAAGAUAAUGACUUGUCACCUCCCCGGAAACGCAGUGCUAGGAGUGAUACACUGUCAGGAAAAGUUGAUGAUGAUAUGUCACCACCGCGUAAAAGAAGAGCUAGAUAUGAUACACCUUCACCAGAACCACAAGAUAAUGACUUGUCACCUCCCCGGAAACGCAGUGCUAGGAGUGAUACACUGUCAGGAAAAGUUGAUGAUGAUAUGUCACCACCACGGCGGAGACAAAAGCACCGCAAUUCUCCUCCACAUGAAGUGGAUCUACAAGCCUCUCCAAAUGCACAUGAUUUAGACCUUUCUCCACCAAGGAAGUCACGGCAUCGGUCGCCUGUCAUAGAACAGAGGCAAAAGACUGGUUUGGUUACUGGCAAGGAUGUCAAGGAUGAAAUUGCUAAAACAAAGAAAGAAGAGUGGAUGAGGUUUAAAGAGCUGGACGCUGCAGUUAGUGGUCGAGGUGCUGAACCAGUAUAUCGUGAUAAAGUAACAGGGGAACGGCUGUCAAAGGAAGAGUACUUGCAGUCUCAGAAAAAGAAAGAGAAGGAGAAGCCUAAGGAAAUAAAGCUGGAAUGGGGUAAAGGUUUGGCUCAAAAGCGUGAGAUGGAGGCUAGACUUCAAGAAUUGGAAAGUGAGAAGGAGAAACCAUUUGCACGGAGCAGAGAUGACCCUGAACUGGACAAUAUGCUGAAGGACAGGUUGAGAUGGGGUGACCCCAUGGCACAUUUAGUGAAGAAAAAGAGAGCGGAGCAGGUUUUGCCUGACCUCGGUGCAGAUGACAAAAUGAAAGAAUCAGGUUUUAUAAUUCCACAAGAAAUUCCCCCUCACAGCUGGAUACGCAGAGGCUUGGAUGCAGCACCCAAUCGCUAUGGUAUCAAACCAGGACGGCACUGGGAUGGGGUUGACCGCAGUAAUGGUUAUGAGAAACAAAUGUUUAAACGUACGAAUGAGAAGCAGGCGACUGAAAGAGAGGCAUAUCUUUGGUCUGUUGCUGACAUGUGAGGCGCCCUUGUUACCGCAAUCUACAGUAAUUUUUCAGGGCAACGGAUUGUACAACUGAUUUACUGAUUUAGUUCUACCUGUGUACUAACAGUGUAUGAUGGUUAUAUACUUAUUAUUGAACAUUUGGCUUAAACAAA